UAUAUAAGGGCAAGGAAAAGGCGAAAGAAAUCAGUCGAGUGAGCAUUUCCGAUAUAGCAAAAGCAACUGAAGUGCACCAUUUGUCACCAAUUGCAUUGCAUUCUUCGUCGAAUUGCUAGUUUAAAUCAUGGCAAACUAUGGCGUCGUGCUGCAAUUAUGACUUGUGUGUUGUAUCGUUGAUGGUUGGGUCGGCCACUGGUGUACCGAUGUCUCCUUGGUAUGGUGGCUAACAAAUCGAAACGUCGCCACCUUACUACACAACAUACGACACGACCAGUUGCUACACCGAGGUCCCCAAGUACUUCACCAAGGCUCCAGAUUAUUAUACAACAACUUAUGCUGCCCUGAGCUACUACACCGAAUCCCCGCAGUAUUAUUCUUACCCGAGCUACACUACCAAAGGGUCGAUUACUACACCGAUGUUCCGAAGUACUACACCAUGGCACCGGAGUACUGCAAAACUGCAUAUCAUGGAGAAAAGGCAAAAGAAAUCAGUCGAGUGGUCAUCUCCGACACGGCAACAGCAACUGCAGUGCCAAGUCCCAGUAUUACACCACAACUUAUGUUGCCCCGAGACUACACCAAAGCGCCUGACUACUGCACCGAGGAUCUAACUUGUCACACCACUGAAGCGCCCAAGUACUGCACUACAAGCUACGUUGAUCCAGCUUACACCACGAAGGCAUCAGAGUACUACACCACGAAGGCACCUGCACAUUACACCGAAGCUCCAGUUUUCUACAAUACCACGUACGCUGCUCCAGAGUACUACACUGAUGUUCUGAAGUACUACACCACUAAGGCAGCCGAAUAUUACACCUCGAACUACGAUUCCGUAAUUUUCUACAAUGAAGUUCCUUAUUACUAGUCACUUGGUAUAAACUGUUGAUCUUAAAUGAUAAAAUAAAAGUAUU